AUCAAUUUGUCAACUGGGUUUAUGUCUAUAUAUAUGUAUAUGUACUACAGUGAGUGCUAAAGAAACUAUGGUUGGUCCAAUUUAGUCAUUUUUUGAAGAUAUUAACAUUGGAAUGAUUUGGGUUUGAUCAAUAUAUGAACCUGUCAACUGGUUGGAGGAUCUUCAUAUUUAGGUCUGAUGGCGGUUAAGACAAAUGGGUUCGUUGCACCCGAUGAAUUGAUGAAGCUACUAUUAACGUUGUCUUCAAAUUGGGGGGAUAAGAUUGAUACAAAUAUGUUAAAAGUGGCACACUUGAGUGGUGCCAUGACUAAUGAGGUUUACCAGAUAAGCUGGCCUACACAGAUGGAAAACGAUAAUAGAACGGUUCUAGUUCGGAUUUAUGGCGAAGGAGUAGAGCGUUUCUUUAACCGAGAUGAGGAAAUUCAGACAUUUGAGAACAUAUCAAAGUAUGGCCAAGGGCCUCGACUUCUUGGACGGUUCUCAGAAGGGCGAGUGGAAGAGUUCAUUCAUGCUAGGACACUAUCAGCUGGUGAUCUUCGCGACCCUGAAAUAUCUGCUUUAGUAGCAGCUAAGUUGAGGGAGUUCCAUAAUCUUGAUAUGCCUGGUCCCAAGAAAGUGGUUCUCUGGGACAGAAUGAGAAACUGGGUUGGUGAGGCCAAAAGUUUGUGUUCCUCUGAAAACACAAAGGAAUUUGGCAUUGAUACUUUGGAGGAGGAGAUUUGCAUACUGGAAAAGGAGUUGUCCCGGGAGUACCAAGAGAUUGGGUUUUGUCAUAAUGACUUGCAAUACGGUAACAUAAUGAUGGAGGAAGAGACGAGAUCAAUCACUAUAAUUGAUUACGAGUAUGCCAGUUACAAUCCUGUUGCCUAUGACCUUGCAAAUCACUUCUGUGAGAUGGCAGCAAACUAUCAUACUGAGACACCUCACAUAUUAAACUACAGUGUGUACCCGGGUCUAGAGGAGCGUCAAAGAUUUGCACGAACAUAUCUUA